CCCAAUUUGGCUGUUGGAGGGACCGUUGUAGACGAUAGCACUUAACCAUUCGUUUUGUCAAUUGUUGCCCGUCUGAGCAGUAAUCUUCUCUACGGCGACAAAUGGUUACUUUUGUGGUGCCGCAUUUCCUUUUUAUUCUUCCACCUGCAUUUUAUACCCUGGCGUCUACAACAUAAUCCCCCCAAUUGGACGGGUCUUCAACAGCUCGACAGAGCAAGAACGAGAAAAUGGCGGGCACUCGCCGGCCACAGAAUGGCCACCGCCGCGGCGGAAAACAAGCAUACUAUGGCAGUCGUACGAAAACAUUCGCAGCGUCAAGUCGAAAUGAAGCAACCUCUGCAGACGAAAAGCGCGAAGCUACUAAGCUGGCGAACGCUGUCGACGAGGCAAUGGAGUUCGCACGAUACGAGAGCGGAAGAAAAAAGACGGGCUGGCUUGUAAAUCUCCAGGCCACGGAAAUAGAAGACGAGAACAACCCAGGCGGCCGGUCUGCGCUCGAUUUAUACUUCCUUGAGGACGAUGGUGGCACCUUCAAGGCGGCCGUGGAGUUUGAGCCGUACUUUCUGGUCGCGGUGAAGAGGGGCUAUGAGCCAGAAGCCGAGGAGUGGUUAAAGCGGGUAGCUGGAGGAGGAUGUGUGAAGAGUGUGCGACGGGUCGAGAAGGAGGACCUGCAGAUGCCGAACCAUCUCCUUGGCUACAGGAGGACGUUUCUUGAGCUUCGGUUUGUAAAUCAGGAGGACCUCUUGAGGGCGAGGAGGGAUGUGAUUCCCAUCGCAGAGAAGAAUAAGAAGCAGAUGAAUGCUAUGGAUACAUAUGCGGAGGUCGCCAGCGCGAAUGCGGGCUUUGACCUUUUUGACGACGACUCACGAGGUAACGAUAAACAACUUAAUACGACGAUUGUGGAUACGAGCGAUUUCAUUGUUGACAUUAGAGAAUAUGAUGUACCAUAUCAUGUGCGGGUCCUGAUCGAUUUAGAUAUCCGAGUCGGGAAGUGGUAUGAAGUGGAAGCAAAGCAUGGGCAUACGUCGAUAAGAUGCAUCACAGAGAGGUUGCAGCGAGCAGACCCAGUCAUCAUGGCCUACGAUAUUGAGACGACAAAAUUACCCCUAAAAUUUCCAGAUGCCUCGAUCGAUCAGAUUAUGAUGAUUUCAUAUAUGAUUGAUGGCCAGGGCUUUCUUAUCACGAAUCGAGAGAUUGUUUCCGAGGAUAUUGACGAUUUCGAAUAUACUCCUAAACCGGAAUACCAAGGGCCUUUCAUGAUCUUCAACGAGCCGGAUGAGAAGUCGCUAAUAGAACGAUUUUUCCUACACAUUAAAGAGGCAAGGCCAACAGUGAUAGCGACAUACAACGGAGAUUUCUUCGAUUGGCCCUUCGUCGACGCCAGGGCCAGUGUCAACGGCAUUGAUAUGUACCAGGAAAUUGGCUGGAAGAAGGAUAGCGAGGAUCAGUACCAAUGCAACUACAGUGUGCACAUGGAUUGUUUCCACUGGGUCAACCGCGACAGUUACUUGCCGCAGGGAAGCCGAGGCUUGAAAGCCGUGACGGUUGCAAAGCUUGGGUACGAUCCAGACGAGCUCGACCCGGAACUGAUGCUCCAGUAUGCGAGCGAAAGGCCGCAAACGUUGUCAGAAUAUUCCGUCUCCGAUGCGGUGGCGACGUAUUAUCUGUACAUGAAAUACGUGCAUCCCUUCAUAUUCUCACUAUGUACUAUUAUUCCUUUAGGACCAGACGCGGUCCUCAGAAAGGGAACUGGUACUCUAUGCGAAAUGCUUCUGAUGGUAGAAGCAUAUCAAAAAGAUAUCGUCCUUCCGAAUAAACACGUAUCUCCGAAAGAGUCUUUCUGGGAUGGCCAUCUUCUCGAGUCUGAGACUUACGUUGGAGGACACGUCGAGAGUAUAGAGGCAGGUGUUUUUAGGGCGGAUAUUCCAGUCAAUUUUGCUGUCGACACAACGGCCAUCGAUGAGCUCUUGGCAGACCUUGAUGCUGCUCUUAAAUUCAGUAUCACUGUCGAGGAGAAGAAGAACCUAGACGAUAUUACCAACUACGACGAAAUCAAGCAGCAAAUCACUGACCGCCUGAUAAGCUUAAAGGCGACAGCAAACCGAAGCGAACGACCCCUUAUUUACCAUUUGGAUGUGGCCGCUAUGUAUCCCAAUAUCAUGACGACCAAUCGGCUACAGCCCGAUUCUAUGAUCAGCGAGUCAGAUUGCGCAGCAUGCGACUUCAAUCGCCCAGGUAAGACCUGUGAUAGGAGAAUGCCAUGGGCAUGGCGUGGAGAAUAUCUACCCGCCAAACGCAAUGAGUAUAAUAUGAUCCGGCACUCACUCGAAAACGAGAAAUUCCCUGGGAAAUGGCCAAACAGCCCCGCGCGUACGUUCGAGGAAUUACCAGCUGAUGAACAAUCUGCCUUGAUAAGGAAGCGGUUGCAGAUAUACAGUCAAAAGAUCUAUCACAAAAUCCAUGAUUCGACGACAAUUGAGAGAGAAGCGAUUAUCUGUCAGCGUGAGAAUCCAUUCUAUAUCAAUACCGUCAGAGAUUUCAGAGAUCGUCGGUACGAAUAUAAGGGCCAACACAAAGUUUGGAAGGGGAAAACGGAUGCACUAAAAUCUUCAGGAGCAUCUCAAGCGGACAUUGACAAUGGCAACAAGAUGAUUAUUUUGUUCGACUCGCUGCAGUUAGCCCACAAGGUCAUUCUAAACUCUUUCUAUGGAUAUGUCAUGAGAAAAGGUUCUCGCUGGUAUUCUAUGGAAAUGGCCGGCGUUACUUGUUUGACUGGUGCCCACAUCAUUCAGAUGGCACGUCAGCUGGUUGAGAGGAUUGGCCGACCCCUAGAACUCGACACGGAUGGUAUCUGGUGCAUGCUUCCCGCCACAUUCCCGGAGAACUACGGAUUUAACAUGAAGAAUGGGAAGAAGUUCACUAUUUCUUACCCCUGUGUCAUGUUGAACCAUCUUGUUCACGACAAGUUUACCAACCACCAAUACCAGACUCUAAAAGAUCCUGCAACCUUCAGAUACGAGACACACAGCGACAACACUAUCUUCUUUGAAGUCGAUGGUCCAUAUAAGGCCAUGGUGUUGCCGACAUCCAAAGAGGAAGACAAGAACUUGAAGAAGCGUUAUGCUGUAUUCAAUGACGAUGGAAGUCUCGCAGAGCUGAAGGGAUUCGAAGUCAAGCGAAGAGGGGAGCUGAAACUGAUCAAGAUCUUCCAGCAGCAAAUCUUCAAGUUCUUCUUGGAGGGGACAACACUCGUCGAGACUUAUGCUGCAGUGGCAAAGGUCGCCAAUAGGUGGCUCGAUGUUCUGCACUCGAAGGGUGAAACACUUGCAGAUGAGGAGCUCAUUGACCUUAUUUGCGAAAACAGGAGUAUGUCAAAGACGCUGGCAGAAUACGGUACGCAGAAGUCGACGUCUAUCACAACAGCAAAGCGUCUAGCGGACUUCCUUGGAGAGCAGAUGAUUAAGGAUAAGGGGUUGAACUGCAAAUAUAUUAUUUGUGCCAGACCAAAGUCUGCUCCUGUUACUGAGCGCGCUAUUCCCGUCGCUAUAUUUUCUGCAGAAGCGUCAGUCAAACGCUACUACCUAAGGAAAUGGCUCAAGGAAGACCCCGAGAACAUGGAUCCUAGAGCACUACUGGACUGGAACUAUUAUCUUGACCGUCUCGGGUCUGUUAUCCAGAAACUCAUUACUAUUCCCGCCGCCCUUCAGAAAGUCCGCAAUCCUGUCCCGAGAGUGGCUCAUCCGGAGUGGCUUCAACGCCGUAUCAACACCAAGGACGACAAGAUGAAGCAGAAGAAGAUGACUGAUCUGUUUUCCAAGAAACCACUGGAAGAUAUUACAAACCUGAAAGACCAGACUCUCGGCGAUCUGGAAGAUUUUGGAACCCAAAUACUGAAGCCGAAAACCAUAACUAGCUUGGUUAUGUCGUCUCAGCCAAAGCCACAAAAACGAAAGUCGCCCGAACCUGCAGUUCCAGUAUCAGUCGACCCUUUCGCCGCCUUGCCAAAGACUAUGCCUGAUCCGACACAAGACUAUAUUGGCUUCUUAAAGUACCAAAAGCAGAAGUGGAAGAUCCAAAAGCAGUCGAGGAUCCGUCGUCGACAUCUCUUCGGCGAGACGCGAGCCGCCACCUCUAGUGAUAUUGGAGCUACCUUCCGAGUCCAAGCCGAGCUUGUUUAUAGGAGCACCUGGCAGGUACUGCAGCUCAGUGGCACUGAAAGCCCGGGUACGGUACUGGCACAUGUGUUGAUCGAUAACAAGGUCCACACCAUCAAAGUGAAAGUACCACGUAGCCUGUUUCUGAAUAUGAAAGGGAAGGAUUUGCCCGAUGUGGAUAUUGAGGGAUGCUCGGCCCAGAAGGUGUCUCACACGCUCCCGAAUGGACAUCCUUCAGUGCAUCUAUUCAAGCUCACAAUGUCGGAGGAUGUGUACGUCAAUGGAGCCCGAAAGCUUGCGCUACUCUUCAACCACCCAAGUGUCGAAGGAGUUUAUGAGAAACAAGUGCCGCUGGAUGUCCGCGCUUUGCUGCAACUCGGCACCCUGUGCACGUUUGACGAUACUCAAUCUGGUGUCCUUGGUAAGGGUCUUGAGCAUGGGUUUGACUUGUCAUCAUUGAAGCAAUCCGCGGCGAAGAACCCCUAUCUCACAGACUCUCCCAUGGCAUACCUUUACCUGUACCAUAUCGUGGCAGGAGAACGUCAAAUCUUUGCCAUAUUUUCGAGUGCAAGGGACCAAGCACACAUCGUUAUCCUUCAGAACUCAAGAGAGAGUCAAGAGCUUCCGAAUAUCGCCAAAAUAUACACAGACGCCCUGGCCAAACGGUUUUCCGAGGCAGAAGGCAAGUCGUGGCAGGAUUGCUUUGAUUACCAAGAUAAGAUACAGUUCACCACCAAGGUCGUAUCCACAAAGCGCAAGGCACUUCUUGAAGUGGGCGAUUUGGUGAAGAAGAUCAAGAGCGAUGAAACAAAACCUCUCAUUCUCGUGAUUCAAUCUCCACAGAAACGUAUGCUUCUCCACGACAUGCCAGUACUUGCCGACUUCCCAGUGUUAACGCUUCCGCACGACAAAAAGGACAUCUCAUUCCCACCUCUUGGGUGGCAAGCAUUUAUUGCAAAGCGCAUCAUCAACAACUACCUCAAUCUUGGCUCGUGGAUCUCCGAACUCACGAACCUGGCGAGAUACGGCGAUGUGCCGCUUUGCAAUUUGGAGCGUGACGAUCCAAGAUUCUUGAUCGAUAUCGCUUAUGCGAGGAGGCUAGAGAAGAAUAAUGUUGUGCUUUGGUGGUCAAGUGGUCCAAGACCUGAUCAUGCGGGUUAUGAGAAGGACGAUGUGCUUGGGCCGCUGGAGACGGUUCAAAUGCCCACCGUCAACAACCCAGGCACAUACUCUUCUGUUUGCAUUGAGAUUGAUGUCCGAAACCUGGCGAUCAAUACUAUAUUGACCUCAUCUCUGAUCAAUGACCUGGAGGGUUCUAUGGAUUCAGUAACCUUCAAUCCUGCUGCUCCUCAAGAUGACGCACCUACUGACGGAGCGAAUGCUCUGUAUUCUGACAAUGCGUUCGCCGGAGCAGGUGUGGCGGUGCUGCGGGAGAUGGUGAAGGCUUGGUGGACAGAGGCAUGCAAGGGUAGCCCAAUGGCUGAUAUGAUGGUCCUUCAUCUACUGCGCUGGGUUGAGAGCCCCAACUCUUUCAUGUACGACCGCUCUCUACACUACUACGUGCAGAUGAUGUCGCGCAAGGCCUUCCAACAACUCAUGGCCGACUUCCGCCGCGUCGGGUCUCACGUCGUCUUUGCUGAUGCCAACCGUCUGCUGUUGCAAACUACUAAAGCUGAGGUCGGAAACGCGUACGCAUACAGUCAGUAUAUCCUCAAAUCGAUCAAAUCGAAGCCCCUAUUCCACUUUUUGGAAUUGGAGAUUAAGGAAUACUGGGACUACUUGGUUUGGUACGACGAGUUCAACUACGGUGGGAAAGGAUGCGAGGAGGUCGUCGAAGCUGAGAACCAGACUUUGGAGUGCAUCAUGCACUGGCAGCUGGCGAAGUUCUUGCCUGAGCCUAUGCAGCCUAUCUUCAACGACUGGGUUAUUCAGUUCAUCGAGCUGAUGCACGGACUGAAGAGGCCACAGUUCGAAGACCCCAACGCUACACCCCGGCCUACUCUCCUCCCCGUCCGCGCGCUCGGUGAAGACAAGGCAGACAAGGCGGUACUGGGAAAAACCUUCGAGAGGCCCCUAAAGCGACAAAUUGCGCAGCUCAUCCGCCGGCAGAAGGACGAGAUGCUCCACCCGGAGCUCGUCAUGGACUACCGCUUCCCGUCGCUCCCAGGGUCCCAUCUCACCUUUACCAACCCGGCCUUGCAGCUUGUCAAGUCCUUGAUGCAGGUUCUCUCGCUCGACAAGAACAUCAUGUUAGAAGCGCGGCUCCUACGCAAGGAGCUCCUCAUGCUCUUCGAGGUGCGCGAAUUUAGCUCUGAGGCGACAUUCGUUAACCCCUCAUCGUCGCUACGUUUCCAGCAGGUCAUCUGCGACACCUGCACGAUGGCGCGGGAUCUCGAUUUCUGCCGGGACGCGGAUCUAGUACCUGACGAGGGCGCGGCGGGCGAGUUCCGACCCUGGAAGUGCGGGUACUGCGGGACGGAGUAUGAGCGGAUUGUACUUGAGCAGCGGAUGAUUGCGGACGUGGAGGCGCUUGUGACUCAGUGGGCGACGCAGGACCUGAAGUGUGUCAAGUGUAGCGGGGUGAGGAUUAAUGAUUUUAUGGAGCACUGCUCGUGCAGUGGUGAAUGGGUGGGAGAGAUGAAGCGCGCGGAUGUAGAGAAGAAGCUGGCUAUAUAUGAGAAGGUGGGCAAGUUUUACGAGCUGAAGAUGCUGAAAACUGUGUUGGAGGGGGUACUUGGGGGGUUAUAG